UCCUCGUCGCGAACUCGCGGUGACCUUGGCUAACUCGGUUCUUCUCGCCGAGCCGGCGCCUUCAGCGAUUACGCGCGAAUUUUAAGCUCUGCCUACUAGAUGGGCCGUUUUGAGGUUCACUGGCGAGACCCCAUCGGGGUACCUGGAGCGCCGGGCGGUUUGCCGGGGCUGCUUCACCUGGGGUGAUGACCAGCAUGCAGACACCUCUUUGACUUGCUGCCCCUCUACUGACAUGGCCCACCGGGGUGGGGAGAGGGACUUCCAAACUUCAGCACGACGCAUGGGCACCUCCCUGCUCUUCCAGCUUUCAGUGCACGAAAGGGAACUGGACUUGGUUUUUCUGGAUCAUAGCUAUGCCAAGCCAUGGAGUGCCCACCCAGAUGCCAGUAGUGCCCGCCCCACCCGCAUGCUCUUUGUUACUCCCCGAAGGCAGCAUGAAAGUACCAUUGAAUCAGAUGUCCCAAUAGAUGUAGAGACAGUCACAUCAACUCCUGUGCCACUCUACGACAAUCAGAAGGCACGCACCGUGAUGAAUGAGUGUGAGCGCCACGUUAUCUUCGCCAGGACCGAUGCUGAUGCCCCUCCACCUCCAGAGGACUGGGAGGAGCAUGUGAACAGGACUGGCUGGACCAUGGCCCAGAAUAAGCUAUUCAAUAAGAUCCUCAAAGCUCUGCAGUCUGAUCGACUUGCCCGCUUGGCCAACGAAGGGGCUUGCAAUGAGCCAGUGCUACGCCGUGUUGCUGUGGACAAGUGUGCAAGGAGAGUUCGACAAGCUCUGGCAAGUGUAAGCUGGGACACUAAAUUGAUCCAGUGGCUGCACACCACUCUGGUGGAGACCUUGAGUCUGCCCAUGCUGGCAGCCUACCUGGAUGCUUUGCAGACACUAAAAGGGAAGAUCCCUUCCUUGAUUGACCGGAUGCUUGUGUCAUCCAACACGAAGACUGGGGCUGCAGGAGCUGAGGCCUUAUCCCUCUUGCUAAAGAGGCCCUGGGACCCUGCUGUGGGAGUGCUUUCUCAUAACAAACCAAGCAAACUCCCUGGCUCACCUCUCAUCCUCAUUGCCUCCUCCGGACCCUCCAGCUCUGUGUUUCCUACUUCACGCCGUCACCGCUUUUGGCAGUCUCAGCUUUCCUGCUUAGGCAAGGUCAUCCCUGUAGCCACCCAUCUGCUGAACAAUGGCAGUGGGGUGGGAGUUCUGCAGUGUCUUGAGCAUAUGAUUGGAGCAGUGAGAAGCAAAGUGCUAGAGAUUCACAGCCAUUUCCCUCACAAACCCAUUAUUUUGAUUGGCUGGAAUACAGGAGCUUUGGUGGCCUGUCACGUGUCCGUGAUGGAGUAUGUCACUGCAGUUGUCUGCCUUGGGUUUCCUCUCCUUACUGUGGAUGGCCCCCGAGGGGAUGUGGAUGAUCCUCUCUUGGAUAUGAAGACUCCAGUCCUCUUUGUCAUUGGUCAGAAUUCCCUGCAGUGUCACCCUGAAGCCAUGGAGGACUUCCGGGAAAAGAUUCGGGCUGAGAACAGCUUGGUAGUUGUUGGGGGAGCUGACGAUAAUCUCAGAAUAAGCAAAGCAAAGAAGAAAUCAGAAGGGUUGACUCAGAGCAUGGUGGACAGAUGUAUUCAGGAUGAGAUUGUGGAUUUUCUGACUGGAGUGCUCACUCGUGCUGAGGGGCAUAUGGGCUCUGAGCCUCGGGAUCAGGAUGCUGAGAAAAAGAAGAAGCCCCGGGAUGUGGCUCGCAGAGACCUGGCCUUCGAGGUCUCUGAGCGAGGCAGUCGACCUGCUUCCCCAGCUGCCAAGCUGCCUGCCUCACCUUCAGGCUCAGAGGAUCUCUCCAGUGUGUCCAGCAGCCCCACCUCCAGUCCCAAGACCAAAGUGACCGCAGUGGCCUCUGCCCAGAAGACGAGUCAAAUUGGGAGCUCACAGUUGCUGAAAAGACACAUGCAGCGGACAGAAGCUGUGUUGACUCACAAACAAGCCCAAGUUCCCAUUUCAUCAGAACAAGUGGAAGAAGCUGAGAAAGAAGAUCUUAGGGUCCAGCUGAAGCGGCACCAUCCCUCCAGUCCUCUUCCUAGCAGUAAGACCUCCAAGCGACCAAAGAUCAAGGUGUCUCUUAUCUCCCAAGGGGAUGCAGUUGGAGGGCCUUGUACUUCCCAAGGAGGAAUGCCAGAAGCCACAGGAGGGAAGCCCAUUGCCAUGACACUGGGGCAGGCUUCUGCAGGGGCCAAGGAGCUCACAGGGCUUCUCACCACAGCCAAGUCAAGUGCUUCUGAAGGAGGAGUCUCAGCCAGUCCCACCUCCUCAGUGGUCUCCAGCAGCACUGUGCCCAGUGCCUUACACACACUCCAGAGCCGCCUGGUGGCCACUUCUCCUGGCAGUUCCCUCCCAGGUGCCACAUCAGCCAGCAGCCUCCUCCAAGGUCUCAGCUUCAGUUUGCAGGAUAUCAGCAGCAAGACCUCUGCCAUCCCAGCAAAUCCCUCUCCAGGGCCAGCUCCGCAGGCCGCCAGUGUGAAGUUGCCCACUCCCAUGCAGAGCCUGGGUGCCAUCACCACGGGUACCAGCACCAUCGUCCGUACCAUUCCUGUGGCCACCACUCUCUCCUCCUUGGGUGCCACUCCUGGUGGGAAGCCCACAGCCAUCCACCAGCUGCUUACCAAUGGGGGCCUCGCUAAGUUGGCAAGCAGCCUCCCUGGUCUGGCUCAGAUCUCUAACCAGGCAUCAGGCUUGAAGGUACCCACCACCAUUACACUGACGCUGCGUGGCCAACCAAGCAGAAUUACUACCCUGAGCCCCAUGGGCUCAGGAGCAGCCCCAUCAGAGGAGUCCACCUCCCAGGUGCUGCCCUCCAGCUCACAGCGUCUGCCUCCGGCUCCCUGAAGAUGCCGUGGGACAUGUCCCAUAUCAGGUCGUGAUGCUGCAACACGGCGUGCCCUGGGAGUCGUUCUCUCCUGCUGAGCUGUUCGCUUGUCUGAAGACCUCUCUAAGAGUCAUUUUGCCACCCACCAGCUGUCUUCAGAGUUAGAUGGCUUGGUCUCAUGACACCAUUGGGCUUGGUAAUAACGGUGCCAGCAGGGGGAACAUUGUCCUUCAGCCUCUACAGGUCGGGUUCCCAGAGUCCCCGGGCCUCCCAGCAGAUCUGGCCGUGCGUGGAUCCAAGGCACCUCUUCCCCAGUGUUAGCUGUGACUGGACCCAAGUGUCAGUGUUGGAAUGCUCGCUGCAUUUCAUACAGGAGUUCGUUUUGGAAGUGUGUGCUGCCCACUUGCUGAGUUGGGAGGAGACGUCUGUGUGGUCUGGGGCUGCAGGAGUUAGGAUUGAGAGUCCUUUGCUGGGGACUAGGAUCAUCCAGGCCAAGUGACUUCUUGUUGACUGCCAGAGGGCUUGUUGUGAACAUCACUGUUGCUGUCACUGAGCAACCAUGGGAGACUUUUCUUCAUGCAGCUCUACUUAGGAACCACACAAGAUACCGAGUAGCCUGCUGAAACCUGGAAACUCCUAAUUCCAGGCCCACCAUAGGGCAAAAAGAACUGAGUUGCCAUCUUUCAGUCCAUUGGCCAAUACAGAUGUGGAAAGCAGUAGUCGCCAGGAGGUAAAAGCUGGCUUUUUUUUUUUUUUCUCAUGCUUUUUGUAGUACCUGUGUCCAGAGAGCCUGCAGGUCCAAAGAGGCUGAAGAAGAGGAAUGGAACAGCAGAUGAAGUGACUUGAAGGAUGUGCCAAUAAGUCCUGGGAUGAAAACAAUUUGGAUUAAGGCUUUACAUCUAGUAUCUAAGGAACUCUUUAUUCAACAGGAGAUGAGAAGAGUUUGCUAAGUCAGAGAAAAGAAACCCCAACCCCUGAAAUCUCUGUCUCCAGUGCCUAGAAGUGAACUAGGGAUAACCAGCUGAGUUAUCCUUUGGCCAUCACAGGGAGCUUGGGCAUCAAGAAGACAAGGCCAUGUUUCUGUUCCGUGCAUUUUUUGUGCUCUUGUUUAGAAGUGUGAAGAUUAUUGGCAGUAACUCUACUGUACGUGGCUCUUGGCAUCAGCCUGAGCCUUAGAGGUGAGGGUUUCUGGAAAAAUGAAGCUAAAGAUGGAGCUCCGAGCCUUUCCUUACCUGCUUACAACAGUGUGCUAAGUUGUUUCAGAUUUGGCUUAGAAUCUAUCCUCCAGAGCAGAUUCCCUUCCCCCUCCAUACUGCAGAACGUUUUCGGCCAAGGCGGUAUAUAUGGCAACCCACUCAGGAAAGGCCCAUGGCAUGCCAUAGCUGCAGUGUAGUCCAGCAUAUGUCAAAACCAGUCCACCUGGUUCAAAUCUGUGCCAAUCUAAGUGGCAGUCAGAAGGAAGUGCUGGUGUGCACAGCUGUCAGAUGAAGCAGGUCGGAGUACUAUAGGCAACUGAGGGUUGUAUGUGAUGGAGUGGAGACAGCAUCUUAAACAUCUUACCCUCCCUUCCUGACAUUCUGCAGAGCUGGUCUCAUUAGCGAUUACACACAUUGAGGGUGCAUGCUUGCAUUAGCUGGUAGGUAACUGCUUUCUGAAAUUCAGGAGGCAUUUCAGAAUUCAAAUGGAAAAUUUGAGAAAACAUGAAAUCUGAAAGAGCCCCGGAGGUCAGGGGCUUGAUAACUUUAUAGGUAGAAAAAUAGCACACCAACAGGAGCCAAGGACAGUAAGACUGUGAGAUUAUGAGAAGCUUUUAGGAAUCCUUUAAUAUAAGCAGAGGGCCCUGAACUACCCAUUCAUGACUUGGGAGACAGCACUGGAGGGGCUGCUUCUGGUGUAUGUGGGGCCACUAAUGCACCUUCCCGCAUUUGUCCAAAUGCUAGUAUGCUUCCCCAGGAUGACUUCCUGAGGCUUGGGUUGUCCACCUUGAAGAAUGCCAAAACUGGAGAAGGAGAGUUGUAAGAACAUUGACUCUUUACCUUGGAGAGACAGGCUAAGGGCAGAAGUGGUUCAAGUCUAUAGUUAUAUCCCCCCGUUACACUCUUCUCCAGCCAUGCUUACUGAAAUGUAAAAGGAAACUUUCCUCGAUAGCAGACCUGGAGUCUAUAAUGUCAAAGGUAAUACUACUGCCUAAAAUGUAGGAGGAAGGCUUUCAUUAAAUUCUGGGGUGACAGAUGUAUGUCGAUACCCUCUGAAAGAAGUCCUUGUGCUUUGGGAAGAGGUCACUGAUGAUGGAACGCCUUCCAUCUUUUUUGUCCCCGCCAUUAGCAGACUUGGGCAGCAUGGGUUUUAGAGCUGAACCACUGGGAUGGUUUUGUUCUUAUGUUAGCAAAAACAACUUUGAAAAAUUAAAACUUUGGUGGCUUCAGCUUAUUUUCAGUUGAUUUCUCAUAUUUACACUGGUAACUGUCCAAGUGAAGAGGGGCACAGAAAAUAAUAGCUAAGAUACCGUGGUAAUGCCUGUGAUCAUCUCACAGAGGCGAGGUGCUGUAAGGUGGCUACUGUCAUUCCCUUUUUACAAGUGAGGAGACUGAGUCACAUAGAAGUCAUAUGGUGAAAGUGGCAACAGCAGGACUGGAAGCCAGGCAGCCUAACAUCAGUGUUUAUUCUACUCUACACUGUGCUGGGUUUCUAAGAGGGGAGACCUGAAGUGGAGGUGAGGUGAUGGUGGCUUGACCUUCAUGUGACCCCUUUCAGUUUAUGUGCCAGCAGGUCUGGGGUGACUGUUGGAGCUCUGGGCUGGGCCUGAGUCAGUAGGUGGGGUCCCUCACCCUUGGUCCUGAGUGUUUAGAAUCCUCUGCUCAUCAUCUACCUCCACCCCACCCAACAAAGACGGAAGGGAGUGCAGAAGUGCUCAUCCCCAUCAUAUUGAAAUUUUGAAAAACAAAAACUGGUUCUUAACUAUAGAUAAUUUUAAAAAUACUGCUCUAGAUCUCAGAUCAAAUGCUAUCUCCUUCAAGAAAAUUUGGGGAACCAGUUUCUCAGCAGGUUCCACCACUGAUAGAAAAGGAAGAGUUUGUUUUUCUUCAGGUGUGAUAAUGGUUUCAUGGCUACAUUUUGGAAAAUACCUGCUAAAAUAUUUAUGGAUAAAAUGAUUUAAAAUCUUGGAUUUGUCAAAAUCAUUGGGAGAGGAAUAAAUAAGUGGGAUAUAGGCAGAAAAAGAUUAGCUGUAUGUUGGAGACUAUUGAAGCAAAUCCACUUCUAUUAACUUCUGUGUUUGAAAUACUCCAUAAUAAAAAGUCAAAAAACAGGGUGUGUUCCCCCAUCCCCCAAAAAAAGAAAACCCAGAAAAUUAACAUUGGCACAAUAUAUGCAUAUAGUAUAGUUCUGUCAUUUUAUUAAAAAUUCACAAUUAUUCCAUCAUCACAAAUUUCUCCUUGCUACCCAUACACUUCCUCGUCAUUCUUAACCUGUGACAGCCAUUCGUAUAGAAUGAUCCAUGAAUAGAGCCCUACAGUAUGUGACCUUUCAAGGUUGGCAUUUUCCUGCUCAGCAUUCCCUUGAUGUCUGUCCAAAUUGUGUGUAUCAAUAUUUCCUUCCUUUAUACUGCUGAAUGUAUUCCAUGUUACGGAUCUAGCAGUUUCCGUAACCACCUAUUGAGAAACAUCUUGAUUGUUUCCACUUUGAGGCUGUCACAAAUAAAGCUGUCGUGAGCAAUUAAGCUGAUUUUUGUGUGAUUAUGAGUUUUCAUUUCUCUGGGAUCAAUG